AUGGCUCGCUCGAACCUCCGUUACGGCCUCAACAAGGGACACCCCACGACCGUCAUCCCCAAGACGGUCAAGCCCUCGAACAAGAAGGGUGUCAAGACCGAGAAGAAGACCUUCGUCAAGUCGAUCGUCCGUGAGGUUGCCGGCUUCGCCCCCUACGAGAAGCGCAUUAUGGAGUUGCUGCGUAACUCGAAGGACAAGAAGGCCAAGAAGCUCACCAAGAAGCGUCUCGGCACCCUCCUCCGCUCCAAGCGCAAGGUCGAGGAGCUCUCCGCCAUCAUCCAGGAGCAGCGUCGCCAGGCCGGCCACUAA